GACAACCUUUGUUAAUCUGGGGAGCAGAAGUGAACAGCGGUUUAGUUGGCCAUGUGAAAUGCGCUGCCCAUAUGGCCACUUAAUCCUCGUAGCCUAGGCUACUACUGUUCAUGAGAAGUGUUCAGGAGGUCAACGCGCAGGUGAGACAACGGGGGAUUUAAUGCUUUGCGGAUAGGCAUUCGACUAUAGGCUAGUUUAAUCGUUUAGUCUGAUUGGAAGUCCUAAUUUAUGAAAAUGCCCAACACUAAAAUCAUUAAACCAAGAACAGUUGAGAUUAAGCCGAAAAUCGUUGGCAGUAACGUCAAGUCGAAAACUGUGGAAAGUCCACAAGCUAGGCGCACUAAAGUUAACGUUACGCACAAGAAAAGGGCAUCCAGUUGCACAAGAUGUAAAGUUUCCUCCAGUCAACCCAAGACCGAGUCUACCAGACCUCCUCCGACGAAUACCCAAGUUAAAACAUGUGCGACCUCCUCUAAACACCAGAAUGCGCCUAUUGCACAGAAAGAUGAACGGACAACAAUAAAACCUGAGGACAGAGUGAUACAUGAAAUUCGAAGUCAUAAAGCUUUCACGGUCAUUCCACCAAACCCAAAGAAGAGAAUUGAAAUCCAGAAGCAGGCUGAAGCAGAGCUGGCUGCUCUUGAGGAUCUGCGCUUGAGUCGGGCCAUGGGCUACAUUUCUUUAGCCCCCAGCUCCGUGGGUGGCCGUUUAACUCUGGAGGAAGUUAGAAACCGACAACAACAAGAAAUGCAAAUAAGAAGAAAGCAAAGACAGGUGCAACAAUAUGAUUUACAAACAUCCCCAAGUGUCAUCCAGUAAAGCGAUCAUCAAGGAGGGAAUCCAAAGCAUUUUGUUCAGCUUUACAUACAAUUUAAAAGAUACUGAGCAGCAAUAAUGUUUACACAAUGUUACAAUGUUUACAGUAAAAGAGGGACUUCUCAGUAAUGCAGAUAUGCAACAAAAUGUGGAUAACAUUCAACAUGUCAAACCAGUUGUUGCUGUGCCCAGUGUACAUACAGUAUAUGAAUAUAAAGAUAUAAAAUGUACAUUAAAUUGUCUGUCAAUGAAGGAUUUUCAUCAUUGAGUUAAAUAAAGCAUGAAAAUAUAAUAGAAAAUCAGCACAGUGGAUAGUUUUGUUGUUUGGAGCUCACAAGACAAGCAUUUCCCUGUUACCUAGCAACCCAUUUUUUCCCUUUGAUUUAUCUUCUUACCCAUGUGUAUUUUGAUAACUUUCUACUUUCAAGCCUGCAAAAAUAUAAAGCAGAUCUUACGAGUUUCAGAGUGGGUGUGGAGUGUAAUGAAGUAGACAUGGCAGGGGCUUGCUUGGGCCAGUUGGACAUUUGUGCCUCUGCAAUGUAGUAUGGCUUCCCCUAUCGGCAACAUUCUGGUGGUCAUGAAGAUGGUCAGGUGGCUUACAUUAUACCCAGGGUUUGGGAGUAACUAGUUACAUUUAAUGGAGUUACAUUACAAAAUAAAUGUAACUAUAAUCCGGCACAGGUAACUGAGAAAAAUAUAUGUAAUUAAAUAGUUAUUAAUAUAUAGCUUGGUAAUUACAAAAGGGUUACAUUCAAAUGUACAUUUCCUGUGUAAAGAUUAAUUGCAGGAUAUAACAUUCCUUCAGUAACAUUUCUUUUUCAUUUUAUUGCUGUCUAGACAUGCUCCAUUAAUUUGGCAGUGUGCUUUGGCAAAUGUUGAGCAUUGUUUUUCAUUGGUUCUCGUUUGAAUUCGUGUUGCUUGUUUUUCCAUCAAAAAGUAUUGAGAAGUAAUAACUUACAUUACUUUGAUUAGUAGCCAAAUUAAAAUGGUAACUUUACUAGGGUAACUAGUAAUCUUCAAUAGGCUAUUACACCUGAAAAGUAAUCUUCAAACCUUGAUUAUAACUGUUUAUCUGUGGUAUCAGUUUAGGUUUUAUCUAGUGAUGUUCAUGUCUAUAUAAGUGACUGACACUGUGUUUUGUUUUUGCUGUAAUAUAUGAGUAUUUUAGUCUGGUUGGUCAAUUAAAAGCUGUUCACAUACAAAGAUUGUACUUGAACCUUGACAAGUUUUGAUAUGCUUCAGGCUUUCUCUCUUCGCCUUGAAGGCAAAUGAGGGGAUAUACUCCUACACAAACCUGUUUUUCAAGCUGAGACAGUCUAGGCAAUUGAAGAUUGUUUUUCUCAAGGUUCAGUUUGCAAAUAAAAAUGGGACAGAAUAUAGCCUACUAAAAAAAAUCCCAGUUUGAUUGUAUGAAAUGCUGUGUAAAU